CCAGGAAUCUAUUGGCUGGCUGGCAACUGAUGUGGGGCCCAGAGCCUAACGCGCAGAGAGAGAUAGAGACGCGCAUCGAAACGAUUCAACUCUACUAACUACAGCUUGGCCAGUUCGAAAGACCCGCGUGGACUCUGCACCCAACAAAACUUCCCUUUCUCGUCUUUCCCCUCCCAUUCCCCAUAGCUCUCUCUCGUCUCUUCGCCAUGGGAACUCCGCUUUUGUUCCUCCUCGCCUUCUCUUUCUCCUUCUUCUCCGCCCUCUCUCUCUCACCUUUCUCCCCCGUCGACAACCAUCUCAUCAAUUGCGGCUCCGCCGUCGACGCCGCCGUCGACGGCCGCCGUUUCGUCUCCGAUUUCCACUCCUCCAAUCCCGGCACUCCGCUCCAAUCCUCCGCUCUCACGACGGCGCUGUGCAACGGAUCCCCCCGAUCCAGCUCGCCCCAAAUCUAUCACACGGCUCGUGUUUUCAGGAAACCCUCCAGAUACUCGGUCGAGAUCAAGGAGCCCGGAACUCACAUGGUACGCCUCCAUUUCGACCCUUUCGUUUCCUCCAAUUUCGAUCUGAGAGAGGCCCGAUUCCACGUCCUGGUUGGCAAUUACGUUGCCCUGAGCAACUUCACUGUAUCAGACACUCUGGUGAAGGAGUAUUUGGUCUGGGUUAGUCGGAACAAGCUUGUUAUCACGAUUGUUCCAACCCUGAAGGGUAAAUUAGGGUUCGUGAAUGCAAUUGAGGUACUUUCUGCACCCAAGGAUCUGAUUCCGGACACGGCUACCCUCGUGAGGGAUGGCGAGACUCGGAAAUUCGAGAGUUUGAGCAAGCAAGGGCUGGAAACUGUGCACAGGGUUAAUGUUGGAGGUCCAAAAGUGACCCCAUUUAAUGAUUCAGUGUGGAGAACAUGGAUUCCUGAUGAUGGGUUCUUCAAAUCAAGUGACCUUUCAAGCAAGGUUCAUUUCAGUGGGCGGAUUAACUACCAGGUUGGAGGUGCUAGCCGGGAAGUUUGUCCCGAUUUCGUCUACAACUCUGCUAGAGUGAUAGCUAGCAAGAGUAGUUCAAUUCCUGAGGCAAAUAUGACUUGGGUGUUUCAAGUGACAGGAGGUCAUAGGUAUCUUGUGAGGCUGCAUUUCUGUGAUAUCGCUAGCCUGUCUCUUGGUUCGCUCUACUUUAAUGUCUACAUCAAUGAGCAAUUGGCUUCCAAGGAUGUUGACCUCUCCUCGAUUGCAUAUGAGCUGGCCUCUCCAUAUUAUGCUGAUUUUGUGGUUGAAAGUGAUAACCUGGGAGCUAUAAGUGUGGUUAUAGGGCGUUCUAACUUGAGCAUGGCUUACGCUGUGGAUGGCAUUCUGAAUGGCGUUGAGAUCAUGAAGAUGAACAACUCAAUGGCUAGUUUUGAUGGAAAGAUGUGCAGAGGUAUGGCCUUGAAGAACUGGCCUAGAGGGAAUUCUGGUGGCCUGAUCACUUUGGUUGUUGUGUUAUGCCUCCUGCUUCUUAGUGUUUCUAUGCUGAUGAGGAGGAAGAUAGUGCGAGUGAAGGACUCGUUUUCAUGGACUAAACUGCCUACUGAAGUCUCAGAGGUGAAUCUGAAGGUUGGAAUCCAGUCCUCGCUUGGUGGUAAGUUCUGAUUUCCUUUAAUGAGCAAACCUAGUUCUCAUGUAUGCGGCAGAUUUAGCUCGUAAUGGUUUGGGCCAAUCUGUUCUUUUUUCCCCCCUUGCUUCUCAAUAUAGUAUAGAAGAGAGGAUGCUGAAAUCUAUUUAUAGAAGCCAUCGCAUUGUGUGAGUCAUAUGUAAACGUCUAAUAUGUAAGUAGCUUACUUGCGAAAUACAUUACCUGUCAGUUGUGUGAAUCGUUAUGUAAACGUGUAAUAUGUAAGUAACUUGUACUUGUUGAGAAAUUCUGAGUCGUUUUCCUUUCCGGCUACUCUUUUGUGACUGCAAUUGCUGCGAUCACUUGGCUCCCUGUUUGUUGAUUAAUAGUGCUAGUAGUGUGGUGGAACUGGCAGGGGCGGAUACAUGGAGGUUCGGGACACCCCUAAAAUUUGGAAAAACGAUUAUCCAACUUUCGAUAGUAGUUUGUGUAUGGGUAAAAAAAAAUUAGCGUUACUUUGACACCCUUAAAAUAUGGAAAAUGAUUAUUCAACCUCCUAUAGUAUUCUGCAUAUGAGUACAAAUAAUAUUUAAGUGAUAGUGUCUAUGUGAUUUGAACUUGGAAACACUGCUACUAUUAGUAAAUAUAGUUUCAAUUAGACUACAACUCAUUUGGAGUUAUGUUUUAGAUCAAAAUACAAUAGUAAAAGGCUAUUCUUAUCCCCAAUUUUUUUUCAAAACCUAACGAUUAAACCCAAUUACGGGCUACCCUUGUCUAGUAGGAUAUGUCACGAGAGAUUUGUUGAGCAGUGUAUACACCGAAUGUAUUUUAUCAUUCUUUCACAAUACAGAACAUGUUUGAACUUUUAUUCUAACUUUUACUAGUUGAAUAUUUUCAUAUUUAAUAAUUAUUUGAUUUAAUUUUAAAUUAUAAUGACUGUUUUUAAGAGGAUACCCCUAUUUAAAAUUUCUGAAUCCGCCACUGGGAACUGGUGCUGGGCCUCGUUUUCACCGUGGCUUUCAUGGACGGAGCUUCUUAUAAUUUGAGGCCAACAUUUUCGAGCAUCAGCCACGAGAGCUUUGUCUCUGUUGCUUACGGCUUGUUCCGGAGUUUGUUCCAAGUAUCAGGGUUUGGCUUCUAUGUUAAUGCAUUUCUUUAUAGUAGUUAAAUUAAAAAGGUUUAAUUUAGCUGGUAUUGUUUCUUCUGUAGUGGUAUAACAACAAAAUUUCAUUUCGUGGAAAAUGUUAAAAACUAGAGAAACAAUACUCACGUGCUGAACAAAGCUGGGGAGAACAAUGCCCUAUAUCAAAGAUGAAAGAAAGCUGAAAAGAGCCUUCCUUCCUCCUACUGGGAGACCUAAGUGUGGAGGGGAGGCAAUUAGGGGUGGACAUCGGUUCGGUUUUGAUUUAACCGAAUAUAUCUCAUAUCUUUGACUGAUUUCGAACAUAAUAAUAUUUCCAAAAUCACAUAUGGUUGUCGUCGCUGCUUGGAGGAGGGGAUGGAGUAAUCAAGCCAAGUAGAAGUUUUGCUUCUUGGCGACGACGAGUAUUAGAUAUGGCCAUCUCAGUACCAAAGGGCAUGAGUGUUAGAUCUGGCGGUUGCGAUGGAUACUAGAAAUCGCAACCGCCAGUUUGAAGAGAGGAUGGGCGAUGGUUAAACUGGUUGGCUGCUGCUUGGGGAGAGGAGUUUCGAGAUGCGACUCGAUCAUUCGAAAGACCAACAACACAGAGAGGCAAGGAGAGAUGACAUGUAGAAUGUGGAGAGGUGAGAUAGAGCUUAUGGAUUUCAUUUGAGGCUAGUGGGUGGGGUGAGUCUUUAGUGGUUAGGUCUGGGCUUGCAGGAUGGGUCAUGACCCAUGGAGCUUGGGGACGUUGGGCCUUGGAGUGGGUAGUUUGAUGGCUCGUUUGAAUAUCCAUUGGUCUGGCUGGAAGCCUUCAAAAUCAAAUUGCAUUCGUCAUGUUAUAAUUUGUUUCUUAUUUUGUAAUGAAAAAUGAAUAUAUUC